AGCCAUUUUGAACCCGACCAGCAAUCCGUGUGCGUGUGUGAAGAACGGAAACCUAGGACAAAGCCGUACGGUCCGUAGAAAUUCGCGAAUAUUUCGGUCAAAAUAUGCCCUUGGUUGGCUAGAAGUACCAUAAUUCGAGUGUAGACAACGUCCGCAAGCAGUGCAACAUGGAAACGGUUCGCGUGUUCAAUCAGGAGCUCUCGGGGCUGUAUGAGGCCAAGCCGCCGAUCUCCAAGGCCAAGAUGGCCUCGAUUACCAGGAGUGCGAUGAAGGCCAUCAAGUUCUACAAGCAUGUCGUGCAAAGUGUGGAGAAGUUCAUCUCCAAGUGCAAAUCGGAGUACAAGAUUCCCGGUCUGUACGUGAUCGAUUCGAUUGUGCGCCAGUCGCGGCACCAGUUCGGGCCGGAGAAGGACGUGUUUGCUCCGCGGUUCGCCCGGAAUAUGGAGCAAACGUUUGCGCACCUGUUCCGCUGCCCGCCGGAGGAUAAGAGCAAAAUCAUCCGCGUGCUGAACCUGUGGCAGAAGAAUAUGGUUUUCGCACCGGAAGUCAUCCAACCUCUGUUCGAUCUGGCCAAUCCGGAUCAUCCGCUGCAUCAGCAGUACAACGCAUCGCAAGCGGCCGGCGGAGCUGCCGGUGCCGAUGGAUCUGGUGGAUCCAACGGCAUGAAUACCUCGGCCUUGUCGCAUGAUUCGCCGGUGGCGAUGUCCCACGAUGACCACGGAAGUUCUGCACAAUCGACGGAAGCGAAGGGUCUGGACCCCAACACGAUCCGGCAGUUGCAGCAGUUCCAGCAGCUUCUGCUGCGUCAAACCAGCGGCAGCGAUGCGCAUGGUUCCGGCAAGGAUCAGGUCAAGUUCAACAAGAAACUGCUGGACUUCGACUAUGGUAGCGAAGAGGACGACGACAAGAACUCGCCGUCGAUUCCGACGACGUCGCUACCCGACGGGAACAACAUUGCCCAGAUCCUGUCCGAUCCGAACGUGCUGAAGCAGCUGCAGAACCUCCAGAAGCUGAAGCAACACGAAAUGGAGGAGAAGCAAACCAAGCUGACCGAGAUGCGCCUCCAGGAGGAAAAGUUCGAGAAGCAUUUGGCCAGCGUUCUCAAGGUGGCUACUAGCAAUAUUCUUCAUUCCGCCGAUCACAACAAGCUACCGUUCGCCAACGAGUGUGACCUGAGGGCCGCCCAGCCGCCAACGAUCGAUCUGAGUGGAGGUGUUCCUUCGUCAAAAGAUGGUGAUGGGGAUGACAUCGUUACUGAGGUCAUCAGCGACACCCACAGCUCGUCGCCACGGAGCACGGCAGCGGACCAGUACAAGUCAUCGACGUCUUCGCGACGCCGGAAGAGCCGUUCCCGUUCCCGGGACCGUCGUGACCGGGACCGCAACCGGCGCCGUUCUCGUUCCAGAUCACGCAGCCGAAGCCGAUCGCAUUCGCGAGGACGUGGCCGAGGAGGACGGGCAUCGUCCCGGGAUCGCGACAGGGAACGCGCCAGCCAGAAGGACAAGGAGCGCGAUAAGGAACGCGAGAGGGAGCGCAAGAAGCGCGGACUGCCGGAGAUCAAGAAAGAACACCUCAGUGUUUGCAGUACGACCCUGUGGGUUGGCCACCUGUCCAAGUUGGUUCAACAGGAGGAGCUCUCGGAUACGUUCGGCAAAUAUGGCGACAUUGUUAGCAUCGAUCUGAUUCCGCCCCGCGGAUGUGCAUUUAUCGUGAUGAAUCGUCGCCAGGAUGCGUACAAGAGCAUGCAGAGUCUGAAGAAUCACAAGAUGCACGGUCGGACCAUUACCAUUUCCUGGGCCACCGGCAAGGGUGUCAAGAGCAAGGAAUGGAAAGAUUACUGGGACAUUGAGUUAGGCUGCAGCUACAUUCCGUGGAGCAAGCUGAAUCAUAACACCGAUCUGGAAAGCUUGGAAGAAGGCGGAAUGCUGGAUGACGAAACCAUGCCGCAGUGGAUGAAGGACAAGAUUGCCAAUGCUUCUAAGAAGAAGGACGAUGAACCGGCGGCCCUGAUUAACCCGUUGUAUGCCGUCGAUACGAGUCAGCCGCCUCCGCCGGCUGCUAUGAUGGCUGCUGGAAUGACAGGCAUGGCUACGUAUCCGAUGGGAGCCGUUGGGGCUGUCGGAGCCGUUGGCGCUGUUGGUGCCGUUCCACGCUUGCCCAUCAUGGGACUUCCGAUCGUGCCCGGUUUGGGUAUCAACGUUCCGCCGCCGAACAUCAUGAUGGCCAGCGGAAUCAACAAUCCACCGCCACUUCCGAUGGCUGCCGGUUUUGGUGUACUGCCACCACCGCCGCCAUCCCACGCGACCCUUCCCGGCGGCGGCGACGAGAUGGACAUCGAAAUGGAAGACGAGAGCUCCAACCAAAGUCACGGUCACGGUCCGCCCGGAAUGCCACCGAUCAAUGCGGCGGCACCGUUCUUCAAUCAACCUCCGCCGCCGUUGAUGCCACCUAAUUCACUGCCGUUCAAUCGGAAUCAGCCGGACAACAACGAGAGAGGUGGUGAUCGCGGUGGGUUCAAUCGGAACGAACCGGAUCAGGAUCGUAGGAAUCGGGGUGACUUCGAACGCCGCCCAGGCGGACGGGAUCGGGAACGUGGAGGAAGAGACGAUCGCGGUGAUCGUAGUGGAGACAGAGAUGGACGUGGUCGGAGGAACUUCCGUGAUAACGAAGGCGGCGAGCGGAACGAGCGACCGAGUCGCUGGGGAAGCAACGAUCGGAACAACUUUGGCGGUAAUCGUGGCGGCAAUGAAGGAGGUGGUGGUGGUGGUGGUGUUGGUGGUGGCCGGGAUGAAAGACCGCUGUCCGAACGGUUGCGAGAGUUGGCCGGUGCGGACUUUAGUCAGCGCGGUGGAGACGGCAACGAUGGACAGCAGUUUGGUGGCGGAAGGAACUUCCGUGGCGGCCGUAACAACAUGAAUGAAGGCGAUGACUUCAACAACCGCGGCGGAGGCGGCGGCAAUGACUUUGGCGGUCGUGGCAACUUCCAACAGGGAGGCCGUUUCAAUAACAACCAACGAGGCGGUGGACGGUUCAACAACCGGGGUGGUGGAUUCAUGCAGAAUCGUGGCGGUCCAGAUGGCGAAAACAUGCAAGCAAUGAACAUAAUGUCGUUGCUGAACAUCGAUCCAUUCUUCGGUGGCAACAACAACGACCAAGGUGGUGGUGGUGGCGGUGGUGGCGGAGACGACGAUCAACAGCAGCAGCGCUUCUUUGAUCGUGGCAACGACGGUGGUAACUUCAACAACCGACGUCAGAACAACUGGAACGAUGGUGGUGAUCGUGGUGGCAAUCGCGGAAACCGUGGCGGUCGAGGCAACUGGAGAGACAACAACGAAGGCGAUGGAAAUGAUCGAGGAGGACGCUUCGGAAAUCAAAGGCGAAACGAUCAAAGGAAUCAGAGAAACAAUGACUUUGGCGGUGGAAAUCAAGAUGAUCAGCAACAGAUGCAGCAGCAGCAGAUGCAGCAGCAACAACAACAACAACCACAGCAACAGCGACGUGAUGAGCAACCACAGAUGCAGCAGGGUGGCAAAGGUGGUGGACAAGGAUUGAGGUGGGAUGAGAAUGAUGAAAAUUGGGAUGAUGACGUUCCGGCAGCGCCGAAGCGUAAUGCUGAUCCGCCGAAGGAAGAUAGACAGCAGCCGCCGCAGCAGGAACAACAGCGUCACCACCAACCGCAACAGCAUCAGCGUCAGCAACAUCAAGAACAUCGGCAAGGCGGCAAUCAAUCGCGUAUUGACGAUGGCGGUGAUUGGGAUGAACCUCGAGAGGAGCGAAACGAAGGCGGAAUGAAGAAACAAGGCGGUGGUGGAACUCCACUGUUCGAUGAAACACAUUCCGGAGAACAACAUCAACAGCAGCAGCAGCAACAACAACAGCAAGAACAACCUCCACAGCAGGAACAGCAGAAACUGCAAGAACAGCAACCACAAGAACAGCAUCAUGAUGAGUCGAUGAUGAGGAAUCCUAGUCCUCCUCCGGCGGUACGAGAACCGGAGCCAGAACCGAGACAACCCUCGCCAGAACAGCACCGGCCACAGCUGUAUUCGCCGUCGCCUCCUCCUCGUGCAGAGCCACCACCAGCUGCCGAACCUGCAUUUGACGCCUCUGCUUCGAAUCCAGAACCCACCCCGGCGCCAGUGGUUUCGGAACCUCCGCAACACAUGGAGCCUCCCCAACAGAUGGAGCCACCGCAACAAAUGGAGCCUCCUCUACAGAUGGAGCCUCCCCAACAGAUGGAGCCUCCACAACAGAUGGAGCCUCCAGCGGCGGUGCCUUCAGAUACGCCGUCGGCGCCUGCAGCAGAGGAAUCCGCCGCUCCAUCUGGCGAGGACGCCUAAUCGGACACACACAGACACAUUCUCUAGUGCAUAUAUGAAGAAAUUAUCACUUCUACACGGUAGGUUUAAACGAGAAACUGAAAAAAAAACCUCUCCCAUUUUUACAUAGUUAAGUUCUAUGGAAAACACAGUUAGAUUUAAUUUUACUAAACUUAACGAAUGAAUUCGUUUCCCCCCGAUUGAUUUGUUCUAGUUAGAAGGCAUGUAGGAAUGGCAGUUUUAAGUUCUGAAAUCAAACUUUUUUAAUAUAUUUAAACUCGAAUCUUAUCACAUACACCCAAACACAACUGCAUUGUUUUUCUAUACAAUUUUUCGUUCAUUGACGAAACUGUUUUGUUUCUUGUGAGAAAGAAGAGAGGAUAGGGGUCAUCCCAUAACAUACCAUAGCGACGGAACAGCUGGCAGAACGUGAUGAAUGCAUUAUGAGAAGAAUUACACACAGAAGUACAUAAUUUUGAUUCAAUUUCUACAGCGUUCUGAUCGCUUUUCGUUGUAGCAGAUCAGAAUUAACUGCUAAUCUAUCAUUAUCCCAAUAAUAAAUCAAACAAAAAUAAAAUAAAAACAAUCGAAAUUAUUCGUUAUUUGAUAAAAUUUAGCAACAGAUGAAAAGGGCUGUGAUAUUGUAUCGUACUAAGUGUUAUCGAGAUUAGGUAGAAGCGUUUCAUCAUUUGACUCAUUGGUUAAGGAAAGCACAUAUUGUAACCAGAAAAUGUUAGAAUAACUAUUUAUGAGCUAGGUUUUCCGUUUAGGUCAAAGCAAUUAACUAUUUUUUGUAUAAAACAAUAAAUUCUUUAAAAUGAGAUUACCGUAAGAGAGCGUUGCUUGUUUAUAAAAAGAACAGGUUUUAUGGAUUGAUAAGGAAGACAUAACGGAGAAUGCAGCUACAAACAUGCGGAGCGCGAAAAAGGUAGGUCCAAACUGCACCGAGGGAUCGUCGCGGGAAUUGCCCAGCGAGGGAGUAGCGGCGCGCUUGCACUCGAGUUGAGUGACUUGUGCAAGGUAUUGUGGAACUAGCUUACGUUUACCUAUCUAUUACUUAGUGAAAUUGAUGAUGAUUUUUUAGUUUGAAAUGACCGAUAUUUAUAAAAUGUGGAAAACUGUACGUAGUAAAGCAAGCAGCGAAAUUAAUCUAAAAAAAGUAGAAAACCAGAAGAAACAUCGUACUAUAAUGCGAAGCGAAUGAUGAAAUAGCUCUACCUAAUCAGGGAGCGACACGGACAAGAGACGAAAUAUCACAGUAGCCUUUCCUGUAAUCCGGAGGCACAGCCAGCCUGCUGAAACACAAUCUUGAAACACAAUAUUUCCUUGCAUGUAGAUUUGUUCUCAACUGCAACAAUUUACAUAAUAUUCAGUAAACUGCGCAGAUAACUUAAAUAUACAACUACGAUGCAUCAGCAUGAAGAACAAAAUAAAAUAUAUGUUAUCAUAGCAGUAAAUCAAUAUUAUCCAAUAAAUAAACAUUUACGUUACUCUAGAGUGGUUGACAAAAGACAA